CUUUUCCACAAAAUUUCGAUUUCACCCCUCUAUGAAUUUUCAAGCGGUGUGCCGUUUUGGCGGGCACAUGCUCCAGGACGCCACCACCUUGGCGCAAACUAUCCAAACCUACGCACGAACCAAGCAGCUAAACAGAGGCAAGGAGCUCCAUGCUCAGCUUCUACGCACCGAGUACCCGCCAUGCAUUUUUCUCGCCAACCACCUUCUCAAUAUGUACUCAAAAUGUGGGGAGGUCGACUAUGCUCUCAAAGUCUUCGACAAAAUGCCUCAGAGAAACUUGGUUUCUUGGACAGCAAUGAUAACUGGGUUUUCUCAAAACAGGAGGUUCUCUGAGACUUUGAAAACUUUUUCCCAGAUGAGGGGUGCUGGAGAGAACCCAACCCAGUUUGCAUUUGCAAGUGUCAUCAGAGCUUGCGUGUUUCUUGGGUCGAUUGAGAUUGGGAGGCAAAUGCAUUCUCUUGCUUUGAAAUUGGGCUUGGCUUUUGAAUUAUUUGUGGGUAGUAAUUUGGCGGAUAUGUAUUGGAAGUUCAGGUUGAUGGCUGAUGCUUGCAAGGUUUUUGAGGAGAUGCCGUGUAAGGAUGCAGUAUCAUGGACUUCAAUGAUUGAUGGAUGUGCAAAGAAUGGUGAUUCAGAGGCAGCUUUACUAACUUAUAAGAGGAUGGUUAAUGAUGGGAUUGUUAUAGAUCAACAUGUUCUUUGUAGUGCGUUAAAUGCUUGUUCUGCAUUGAAGGUUUGUAAGUUUGGAAAGUGUCUUCAUUCAACUGUUCUGAAGUUAGGACUUCAAGUAGAGGUUUCUGUGGGCAAUGCUCUGACUGAUAUGUACUCGAAAGCAGGAGAUAUGGAGAGUGCUUCAAAUGUGUUUUGGAUUGACUCUGAUGGUAGAAAUAUUGUUUCUUGUACCUCUCUGAUCAAUGGUUUUGUUGAGAUGGAUGAAAUUGACAAGGCUUUUAGUUUGUUUGUUGACUUACAGAGGCGGGGAGUUGAGCCUAAUGAGUUCACUUUCUCUAGCUUGAUCAAGGCUUGUGCCAACCAAGCUGCACCUGAUCAAGGAAUCCAGCUUCAUGCUCAUGUGGUUAAGGUUAAUUUCGAUAGAGACCCUUUUGUUUAUAGUGUUCUUGUUGACAUGUAUGGAAAAUGUGGGUUGCUUGAUCAUUCAAUCCAAGUGUUUGACGAGAUAGAAAAUCCAACUGAAGUUGCAUGGAAUUCAUUGUUAAGUGUGUUUGCUCUUCAUGGCUUAGGAAAAGAAGCCUUGGAAACAUUUACUAUAAUGGUAAACAGAGGAGUGAAACCAAAUGCAAUAACAUUUGUCAGUCUUUUAACAGGGUGUAGCCAUGCUGGAUUGGUAAAGGAAGGUUUAAAUUACUUUCAUUCUAUAGAGAAGAGAUAUGGCAUAGUGCCUAGAGAAGAACAUUACUCUUGUGUUAUUGAUUUACUUGGUCGGGCUGGAAGGCUUAAAGAGGCUGAAGAGUUCAUAAAUAACAUGCCAAUUCAACCAAAUGCUUUUGGGUGGUGCUCUUUUCUUGGGGCUUGCAGGAUUCAUGGUGAUCAGGAGAGGGGCAAACUUGCAGCAGAAAAACUGAUGCUGCUUGAACCUGAGAAUAUUGGAGCACGUGUUUUGCUUUCAAAUAUAUAUGCAAAGGAACAGCAGUGGGAAGAUGUGAGGAGUGUGAGGAAGAAGAUGAAAGAUGGCCGCAUGAAGAAAUUGCCUGGCUAUAGUUGGGUUGAUGUUGGAAACAAAACCCAUACUUUCGGAGCCGAAGAUUGGUCUCAUCCUCUGAUGAAAGAAAUUUAUGAAAAACUUGAUACUCUUCUUGAUCAGAUAAAGGAAGCUGGAUAUGUUCCACAAACAGAUUCUAUUCCACAUGAAAUGGACGAAAGCUCGAAGGAAAAGCUUCUUCACCAUCACAGUGAGAGGAUAGCAAUUGCAUUUGCACUAAUAAGUAUGCCAGCUGGGAAGCAAAUAAUUGUGAAGAAAAAUUUAAGGGUGUGCUUGGAUUGCCAUUCUGCAAUCAAGUACAUCUCCAAGGUGGUAGGAAGGAAGAUUAUUGUUCGGGAUAAUAAUCGAUUUCACCAUUUUGCAGAUGGGUUAUGUUCAUGUGGAGAUUACUGGUAGUGUUUCGAAGGCCGAUUCAUUUCUAAAGGGAUUAUUGCCCAGAACCAUCUUAUUUACUCACAUGAGUUCUCAAGGCACACAAGACUUGUCUGCCUGGUUUCUGAGCUUGCGCACCAACAAGAGCUUGUCUGACAAUCGUUUGAUCCAACUGGUAGGGGAAGAAAUGUAAGAUGACUUGGUCAUCAAGAAGGAAUAAUGGGAUUUUAGGCUUUGAUUCAGAAGCAUGCAAGGAGACAAGCCUUUGCCCGGGCCUUCAUCUUGAUCAUGGAAGGCAACAAACCCUUUGCCAUCAAUAAUUUGGCAGCCAUUGGUAGGGGAUCAAAGAGAAACUUCAUUUAGAUGGCCCAGAUCAUUAUGAUUAUUGAAUCUUCAAAGAAUCGAGUGGAGUGUGGGGAAUUCAAUAUCGCUGCUGAUGGAGAUGCAAAUCAUUAUGAUGAUUGAAUCUUUAUUGUUCAACUAAGUGACCCAGAUUUCAUAAUUGAUUAAUGAACUUACAGUUUGUGUUUCACCCAACAAAAUGGGGGAGUCUCAUGUCUUUCACCCAACAGUUACUUCUGAGAUGUGGUACCUCAUUGAGAAAUAUAAAUGGCUGCUACUUCUUGUU